AAAUAAAUAGCCCGGCGGGAAAGUCAAAGGGCAUAGGGGUGUGGGAUAGGCAAGGCAAACAAGUCAUACUCCUCUGGACAACAAUCGCCAUGGGUGCCAACAUGACCAAGGACAAGCUCCGCAAGCUGGUGGAGAACGACGACGCCAAGCACAUUGCCAAGGCGCUGGAGGCUGACCCGGCGGUGGCCACAACGACAUACCCCGAGCUAUAUGACGCCUCGGUCCUGCACUUUGCGGCACGCAAUAACGCGGUCAAGGUGAUGAAGCUGCUCAUCGACGCCGGCGCCAACGUCAACGCGCUGGACGAGCGCGGCCUCUCGCCGCUCCACGAGGCGGCGCGCAACGGGCAGCCUGGGCCCAUCAAGAUGCUCCUCGAGGCCGGCGCCGACGCCAGCGCCUGCCGUGGCGAAGACGGCACCACGCCGCUCAUGGACGUCCUCAAGUACGCCGGCAUGCUCGAGGGAACGAAGGAGGAAUGGGACUUACUCGACGCUCGCGCCGAGUCGAUCGACGUCUUCCUUGCCCACUACGCCGAACACGACGAACUCGACAUCAAUCAGGUCGCCAAGCCGUCGACUUCGGCCGCCCUGGACUGGACCAUGGGCAAGACAAGCGCACUGGACGACCCGGCUGGCCAGGCCCGCGAGGCCGAGUGGUUGGCCAGCAUCCACGCCAAGAUUGCGGCGGCCGGCGGCGUUCUGGCUGACCCCGAGUUCUUCGAGAACCUCGCCGCCGUCCGCGCCCUCCAGGAAGACGCGGCCUGAGCGCUGUUUAGUCUUCAUUUGUGCUCGACCAAGACAAACGGCUGGCUACUGGCUACUGCAGAUCGCGGAGGCGGUCCAGCUCCUGGACAUUCUUGUUGUUGCGGAACGGGACUCCGGCGUCGAUGAGGCGGUCGACAGUGUGUGCAAAGCCGCAGGUGGCGGCAAUGUCGAUCGGCGCAUCGCCCGACGCCGUCGUCGCGUUGAGGUCGGCGCCCGCGCCAAUGAGGGCGUCGACGAUGGCCAGGUUCUGAUGCUGCGAGGCGACGCAGAGGCAGGUAAACCCGUCAGCGUCACGC